AUGGAUGUCAAGUCGCCAGCUGGCGAUCGAGCUAGCAUCAACUCGGACAUCGAUUCUCUUCACUCAAGCAACUAUGACCACCGGCGUGAAGAAUAUCACAUUACAAACCCACAAGGCAUGACAAUGAGUCAUACCGGCGUCGACGUCGAAAAGGCCGAGUACGAAUUCUCGGAGUUGAAUAGACAAUUUUCCAGCAUUUCGCAUCAAGCUCGCCGACUAUCCAAGCAGGCAUCCCAGACCUCCAAACCCACGGCCAUCACCGACGAUGUGGAAAAGGCUGGAAGCUCUGCCGACUCGGAUGAACCAUGGGACCUGGAGACAACCCUGAGGGGCAACCGAGCCGCGGAAGAAGAAGCGGGUAUCAGAGACAAGCAUAUCGGUGUCCUAUGGAACAACCUCUCCGUCCGAGGUAUCGGCGGGGUGAAGACCUUCAUCAAGACCUUCCCCGAUGCCAUUAUCGACUUUUUUAACCUUCCGGAAACUCUAAUGCACAUGCUAGGAUAUGGCAACAAAGGCAAGGAGUACCACAUCCUGGAGGGGUUCCGGGGUAUCACGAAACCUGGAGAGAUGGUCUUGGUGCUGGGAAGACCAGGCUCCGGAUGUACGACAUUCCUCAAAGUGAUUGCCAACCAGCGUUUUGGAUAUACCGGUGUCGACGGGGAGGUCUUAUAUGGACCUUUUGAAUCCGACACAUUUUCAAAGAGAUUCCGCGGCGAGGCUGUGUACAAUCUAGAAGACGAUAUUCACCAGCCCACCUUGACCGUUAAGCAGACCCUUGGCUUUGCACUCGACACGAAGACCCCAGGCAAGCGACCACUCGGCGUGUCCAAGCCCGAGUUUAAGGAGAAGGUCACCAACAUGCUGCUGCGGAUGUUCAACAUUGAGCAUACCGCCAGCACUGUGAUUGGAAACCAGUUCAUUCGCGGUGUCAGCGGCGGCGAGAGACGGCGUGUCAGUAUCGCGGAGAUGAUGAUUACCUCUGCGACCGUUUUGGCUUGGGACAACAGCACUCGCGGUCUUGAUGCGUCGACUGCGCUGGAUUUUGCCAAGUCUCUCCGUAUCCUAACCAACCUCUACAAGACGACGACGUUCGUGUCGCUUUAUCAGGCAUCUGAAAAUAUCUACAGGCAGUUCGACAAGGUCCUUGUCAUUGACAGCGGCAAACAAGUUUUCUUUGGUCCCACUGGCGAAGCGCGAAAAUACUUCGAGAAUCUUGGGUUUAAAGCGAAGCCUCGCCAAACUACACCAGACUAUCUGACCGGAUGCACCGAUCCAUUUGAAAGGGAAUUCCAGUAUAAUAGAAGUGCUGAAGAUGUUCCAUCCACCCCACAGACGCUCAGGGAAGCCUUUGAUAAGUCCAAGUACAGUAACCAGCUCGAUGAGGAAAUGCAGGCCUACCGCACGCAAAUUGAACAGGACAAGCAGACAUAUGAUGACUUUGAAAUCGCCAACCAAGAGGCAAAACGCAAGUUUACCUCCAAGUCGUCCGUCUACUCGAUUCCGUUCUAUCUGCAAAUCUGGGCUCUGAUGCAAAGACAAUUCUUGAUUAAGUGGCAAGACAAGUUCGCACUCACGGUGUCCUGGAUUACCUCUACCGGAAUCGCAAUCAUCCUCGGUACCGUUUGGCUCAGCCAACCUAAAACCAGUGCCGGUGCUUUUACUCGCGGUGGUCUUCUGUUUAUCAGUUUACUGUUCAAUGGCUUCCAAGCAUUCUCUGAGCUCGCGGGUACUAUGAUGGGUCGAUCGAUUGUCAACAAACACCGAUCUUUCACGUUUUACAGACCAAGUGCACUCUUCAUCGCUCAAAUUAUCGUGGACACAACCUUCGCAAUAGCACGAAUCUUGAUAUUUGCCAUUAUCGUCUACUUCAUGUGUGGUCUCGUUCUCGAUGCAGGUGCAUUUUUCACGUUUGUCUUAAUCAUUCUGACCGGCUAUGUUUGCAUGACCGUGGUCUUCAGAACGAUCGGGUGCAUCUGCCCUGACUUUGACUACGCGAUGAAGUUUGCUGCCGUCAUCAUCACACUGUUUGUAUUGACCUCCGGUUACCUUAUUCAAUGGUCCGGCGCACAGGUCUGGCUGAGAUGGAUCUACUAUGUCAAUCCAUUUGGCCUUGGGUUUUCAUCGCUGAUGGUCAAUGAGUUCAGCCGCCUGACCAUGACAUGUACCAAAGACUCAUUGGUACCGAGUGGUCCUGGCUACGACGACAUCGCCUAUCAAGCAUGCACUCUUGCAGGUGGCCAACCCGGAUCGGCAAUUAUUCCGGGCUCCAGUUAUAUAUCGGCUACCUUCAGCUACUUCCACGGCGACCUUUGGCGCAAUUUUGGUAUCAUGAUGGCCCUGAUCGUGGCAUUCCUGGCCUCGAAUCUCUACCUUGGGGAGACGGUUCAAUUCGGCGCCGGUGGGAAGACGAUCACCUUUUUCCAAAAAGAAAACAGUGAGCGCAAGGAACUCAAUAAGGCUUUGGAAACAAAGAAGGCCAAUCGGCAGUUGAAGGCAGUGAAUACCGAGGCCAGCCUGAAAACUAGCUCGACCUCGGUUUUUACCUGGGAGGACGUGUGCUAUGAAGUCCCAGUACCCUCGGGAACACGACAGCUACUGAAUUCAGUGUAUGGCUACGUUGCACCCGGAAAACUCACAGCGUUGAUGGGCGCCUCUGGCGCUGGUAAAACCACUCUGCUGGAUGUCCUCGCCGCAAGAAAAAACAUUGGCGUGGUUUCGGGCGAUAUUCUGGUUGACGGGCAGGCCCCUGGCACGGCCUUCCAGCGAGGCACCUCCUAUGCCGAGCAGUUGGACACUCAUGAGGCAAUGGCGACCGUCAGAGAGGCCUUGCGCUUUUCUGCCGAUCUGCGGCAAUCCUUUGAGACACCACAGUCGGAGAAGUAUGAAUACGUCGAAGAGAUCAUCAGUUUGCUCGAGCUAGAAAACUUGGCCGAUGCCAUUAUUGGAACCCCUGAAACUGGUCUUUCGGUUGAGGAAAGAAAGCGGGUUACUAUUGGCGUUGAAUUGGCAGCUAAGCCUGAACUUCUGCUGUUCCUGGAUGAGCCUACAUCCGGGCUGGAUAGUCAAUCUGCGUUCAACAUUGUCCGAUUUUUGAAGAAACUUGCAGCCGCUGGUCAAGCAAUUCUUUGCACAAUCCACCAGCCCAACUCUGCUCUAUUUGAAAACUUCGAUCGACUUUUGCUUCUCCAGAGAGGUGGCGAGUGCGUCUACUUCGGAGACAUUGGCCCUGACUCUCACGUCCUGCUGGAAUAUUUCCGUCGCAACGGUGCAGAUUGCCCCUCUGACGCAAACCCUGCUGAAUGGAUGCUCGAUGCUAUUGGCGCAGGUCAAACACGACGCAUCGGUGACCGUGAUUGGGGUGAGGUGUGGCGCACUUCACCAGAACUCGAGGCCCUCAAAAAAGACAUUGUUCAAAUCAAGGCAGACAGAGCCCAGACCGUCCUCCAAACUAGGGAUCAGGGUCACAUUUCUACUGAGAAGGAGUAUGCUUCUCCUCUUUGGCAUCAGGUCAAGGUAGUUGGUCGACGGACUCAUCUGUCCUUCUGGCGGUCACGUAACUACGGCUUCACUCGACUUUUCACUCACGUUGUUAUCGCGAUUGUCACUGGUCUGGCCUUUCUGCAACUCGAUGACUCUCGGACGUCACUUCAGUAUCGAAUCUUCGUCAUUUUCAACGUCACCGUGCUUCCUGCGAUCAUUCUCCAGCAGGUGCAGCCGAAAUACGACCUGUCCAGACUUAUCUUCUAUCGAGAGUCAGCGUCGAAGACUUACACCCAGUUCGCUUUCGCAUUUUCCAUGGUCCUUGCCGAGCUCCCAUAUAGCAUCCUGUGCGCUGUCUGCUUUUUCGUGCCACUAUACUACAUCCCGGGUUUCCAGUCAGCCAGUAGCCGCGCUGGGUAUCAGUUCCUUAUGGUCCUCAUCACCGAGGUCUUUGCCGUUACAUUGGGCCAGAUGAUCUCAGCACUCACGCCAAACAGCUUCAUUGCGUCGCAGCUCAAUCCGCCGAUCGUGAUUAUCUUCUCGCUCUUCUGCGGCGUGGCCAUUCCCAAGCCACAGAUGCCCAGAUUUUGGCGUGCUUGGCUCUAUCAGCUCGAUCCAUUCACUCGCCUGAUUGGUGGCAUGGUUGUCACGGAGCUCCACGGUCGCCCUGUUACAUGCACGGCUAUGGAGCUCAAUAGCUUCCAGGCCCCAGCUAACGAAACAUGCGGCGAGUACAUGCAGCCAUUCUUUGAGCGUGGAGGCAAUGGAUACCUCCUGGAGAAUGCGACACAGACCUGUAAGUACUGUGCGUACAAGAUUGGAGAUCAGUUCUAUUCGGCAUUCAGUAUGGACUUCGACAACCGAUGGCGCGACCUGGGCAUUUUCAUUGCGUAUGUUGGGUCCAACCUGAUUAUUCUAUUCUUGGCGUCUCGGUUCUUGAACUUCAACCGAAGAUAG